CUCUGUUCCGCCUCCCCCACAGCUUAUGCCCAGCGCCUGCGGGAGGUGGCCUGGUGGGACCCCGUCCUUCCUGCCGCCUACCUGGGACCCUGCACCCGCUGGGGACCCUUCCUCUGGCAGGAGAGACCCAUCCUGGGGAAGGAGUAUG